UUCCUUCAAAACACCAACCCACCGUGAGAGUGACAAAAGAGGGGGAGAGAAGUAUACGUUGCACUUAACAGAGAGCAACAAUUUCACAAUCAUCUAUACAUACACGUGUCUGUAUGUAUACACGUUAAAAGUUUUUUUUGAAUUUCUUCGAAAAUUAUCAAUGGCGGCUUCAAGGAGCUAUUUCGCUGGAGCAAACUACCGAUUCCUGUCGAGCGAGCGAGACGUUCCGAUGAUGAGUCCUGACUCGGCGUUCGAAUUUGAUGAAUCGGACCUGUGGAACUCAGCGGUUUCGCAGUCGCCGGAGUUCCGUAAGUCCGUUCAUAGUUCAAAAUUCUCGAGAAAGCAGUACGAUACGAAGAGCCGCCGUAGCGGUUCCGUAGCAUCGGCGGCGGCGUCAUUGCCGGUGAACGUGCCGGACUGGUCGAAGAUACUGAAGGAUGAGUAUAGAGAGUAUGGAAGGAGAGAUAGCGAUGGUGAUGAUUUCAGCGAUGAAGACGGCGAUGAUUUGGAGAAUCGGAUUCCGCCGCACGAGUUUUUGGCGAAGCAGUUAGAGAGGACCAGAAUUGCAUCGUUCUCCGUGCACGAAGGAGUUGGCCGUACUCUUAAAGGUAGAGAUCUGAGUAGAGUCAGGAAUGCUAUUUGGGAGAAAACUGGAUUCCAGGAUUAAUUGAUCUAACAGUGAGGGAUUUUUCCCGAUUUUCUUCUAUAAUUUUACAAAUAUUGAACUUUUUUUUUUCACUUAAUGAAGACGAUUUAUACAUCUUCAAGAGCAUCACUGCAUUGUGAUUGUAAUGUUUUUUUCAAAAUUUUGAGAGAAAAUAAAGACAAAGAAAUUGAUUCGA